UCUCCAGACCCACGAACUAGUGGAUGCUCACUACCUGUUCAGUGAAUGAAUGGAUGGAUGGAUGGAUGAAUAAAUGUCUGCAUGUAUGUAUGUAUCCAUGGAUGGAUACCUGGAUGGAUGGAUGAUGGAUUGACAGACGGAUGGAUGGAUGGAUGGACAGAUCCCUCCCUCCCUAACUCUUUUCAUUUGCUAUGCCCCAGACACUCGCAGACCCUAAAGAAUCCUACCCCUGGCAGGACUGUCCACCACACAGCCCUAGAUGGGUCUGUGACUCUUGGGACCAGACCAGAAGUAGAUGGGAUUCUUGGUGUGGAAACGGUGGAGAGAAGAGCUCCUCAAACUGGGAGGACCAUGGAGCACUCCCCCCUCCCACGUCUCAGAUGUCCUGGAGCUGCUGUGCACCAGGACUGGUGACCAGGAACACAGGCAGAAGCAGCCCCGGGACCCUCCUGAGAUGCUGCUGCUGCCGCCUCUGCUGUGGGCAGGGUCCCUGGCUCAGCAUCCGGGAUACGGGCUGGAAGUGCAGGGGCAGGUGACGGUGCAGGAGGGCCUGUGCGUCUUCAUCCCCUGCCAGUUCUCCUACCCCAGGGAAGGCUGGACCGACUUCCACCCAGCUCUCGGCUACUGGUUCCGGGACGGGGCUGAUGUAUUCUAUGGUGCUCCAGUGGCCACUAACCACCCAGAUCGAAGCGUGCAGGGGGAGACCCAGGGCCGAUUCCACCUCCUCGGAGACCCCCAGAACAACUGCUCCCUGGACAUCAGAGACGCUCGGAGGGGGGAUGACGGGACAUACUUCUUUCGGGUGGAGAGAGGACAUAUGAAAUGGAAUUACAUAUAUCCCAAGCUCUCUGUGCACGUGACAGCCCUGAACCAGACACCCGACAUCCAGAUCCCGGGGACCCUGGAGUCCGGCCGCCCCAGCAGCCUGACCUGCGCUGUGCCCUGGGCCUGUGAGCGGGGGACGCCCCCCACCUUCUCCUGGACGUCAGCCGCCCUCCCCUCCCUGGGCCCCAGCACCCGCCUCUCCUCGGUGCCCACCCUCACCCCACGGCCCCAGGACCACGGCACCAGCCUCACCUGCCAGGUGACCUUCCCUGGAGCGAGGGUGACCGUGGAGAGGACCGUCCAGCUCAGUGUCUCCUAUGCUCCACAGAACCUGACCCUCAGCCUCUUCCGGGGAAACAGCACAGUCCAGGAGAUCCUGGGCAAUGCCACCUCACUGCGAGUCCCCGGGGGCCAGAUGCUGCGCCUGGUGUGUGGUGCACACGGCAACCCCCCUCCCAGGCUGAGCUGGUCCCGGGGAGGCUCCACCUUCAGCCCCUCCCAGACCUUGGAUCCGGGAGUCCUGGAGCUGCCCCAGGUGGUUCCAGAGGACGAAGGAGAAUUCACCUGCCACGCUCAGCACCCGCUGGGCUCCCACCACAUCUCCCUGAGCCUAGUUGUGCAGGGUAGCUCCUGUCCCUGCCGCCAAGACUCAGGGGGGCAGGAGGGCUCCUGGCCUCUACUCCUCACCUUGCUCAGGGGAGCUCUCAUGGGGACUGGCUUCCUUCUCACCUAUGUCUUCACCUGGAUCUACUACACCAGGUUCAGAAUUUCUCAAGGGGACGGGAUGGCAAAUCUGGCUGAACCCUCCUCUUCCUCACAGCAGUGUCACCUGGGCUCCCGAGCCCUGCAAAAUGGCACCAAUUCAAGUGCUACUGAAUCUUCCCAAGAGGAGUUGGCCGACAGUAUUUUUCAUCCUCCUACCAGCGAUGUGUUGCAAAGGCUAAAUGCAAGGUAGGUGCAGAUGAGAAGUUGGAGUCCACCCAUUCCCACUCAGGGCAGAGGCUCUGAAUCCCCCAUGAUGUGCUGAGAAUGCAGGGACACUGGCCACCCUUGUCUUCAUGCAAGGAAAGGCAAGCAAAGAACACCAGCUACCAUUUACCCCACACCCUGCUCAUAAAGCAAGGAUGUCACUGAGAGAGGAGUGGGCUGCUGUCCCCUCAUCCAGCUCUAGAUAUGUAGCUCAGAGAUUUUGUCCUGGGAGGAAAGACAGGUUUUAAGACCAACGAUCUACAAAGCUCUCCCCAAAGGAACUGGCGUUAUUUGAAACGAGUGUGGGGAAAUUCAAGCUUAAAGGUGCUCUCAAAAACAGUGGAAGUUUUGAAGGUUCUUUAAAGGUGGUUAGUAGCUUCAUGAGAGCAAUGAGCUAAGCAAUAGUCUAGCUGGUUUACCAGAGAGAAUCAUAAGAACUCUCCUGGUGUCAAAACAAACCUCAGACCCUGGUCUCAAAAAUUACACUUGCAAAGGGACCCAAAUUUAAUUGGAUCAGAUUGUGGAACAAUUUAUGUUCUAAGGUUUUGUUCAGCAAUCAGCCAGCAAUAUCAUAAUAAUAUCGGACAAAAUAGACUUUCAGACAAAAAUUUUUACAAGACACAAAGAAGGAUAUUAUAUAUUGAUAAAAGGGUCAAUUCAUUAAUAAGAUAUAACAAUUGUGAACAUAUACACACCUAAUAACAGAGUCCCAAAAAUUGACAAAAUCAAAGAGAGAAGUUGACAGUUCCACAAUAAUAGUUGGAGACUUCAAUACUCCACUAUCAGUACACAGAAGAUCAACAAGGAAACGGAGGACUCGAAUGACACUAUCAACCAACUAGACCUAACAGAGACGUUUAGAACAUUCCACUCAGCAAGAGCAGAACACGCUUUCCUCUCAAAUGCAUACGAAACGUUCUCCAGGAGAGACCAUAUGCUAGGCCACAAAGCAAGUCUCAAUACAUCUUAAAAGAUUGAAAUCAUGCAAAGUAUUUUCUCCAGCCACUAUGGAAUGGAACUAGAAAUAAAUAACAGAAGGAAAACUGGAAUAUUCACCAUUAUGUGUGUGGAUUAAACCACACACUCUAAAACAACCAAUGGGUAAAAGGAGAAACCACAAGAGAAAUUAGAAAAUACUUCGAGACUAAUGAAAACAAAAUGACAACAUACCAAAAGUUACAGGAUUCAGCAAAAGCAGUGCCUCAGAGGGUAAUACGUGGCCAUAAAAGCUACAUUAAAAAAGAAGGAUCUCAAAUCAAUAACCCAACCUUACUCCUUAAAGAAUUAGAUAAAGAAGAGCAAACUAAACUGAAAACAAGCAAAAGGAACUAAUGAAGAUUAUAGCAGAGAAAAGUGAAAAAACAGCACAUGAAAAAAAUAGAGACGAUAAAAGGAGGGGAGGAACUAAAGAACUGUUUUCAUCAGCACUGCAGUCUGCAGCUGAGCCAGCACCUGCUAUGACCCUGUGGCUUGGGCAGGCUUGUUAUUUCUGCAGAUGACCUAGUGGAGCUCUGCUGCAAACCUGGUCUGCUACUUCAUCAACUUGGCCCAGUACAGAAAGCGUGUGACUCACUUCUUGCCUGAGGGUGUGGACCCAACCUGUGCACCCAUGUCAUUUACACCACCUCAGCUCCAUGGAGUGGAAUGACUGCCCUCUCUCCAAGAACUUCAGUGACUUGAAGAAGGUGGAUCCCAAGGUGCAGACCCUGCUGGCCACUGGGGGCUGGACCUUUGGUACUCAGGUGUUCACAGAUACGCUAGGCACAGCCAACAACCAUCAGACCUCUGUCAACUUGGCCAUAGGGUUCUUGCACAAAUGACUUUCAUGGCCUUGACCUCAAAUGGGAAUAUCCAGGAAGCUGGGGGAGCCCCGCCUCGGACAAGCAGUGCUGCACAAUGCUGGUGUAGGACCUUCCAGCAGAAAGCCCAAACCUUAGGGAAGGAAUGCCUCCUGCUGAGUGCAGCCCUCCUUGCAGAGCGAGCCAAGGCCCCGCUAAGAAACUCUGCAGCGUUGCAUGUCCCCAACGUAGGCGAAACAAAGAAGAGACCUGGACAACCCACAGGAGGCCAUUUUCUUAUGUGGACGUCACAUGUUCAGGUGGAAAUCAUUUGAUAAAGAUGCUUUAGAGAGCAGGAAGAUCCUGGAGUGUUUUAAAUUGCAGUGAGGGAAGUAGGCUGUGGUGCCCUGGUCAGUUUUUGCCUUAAUAAGCUCCGCCUGGUGGAGACUGAGUUCUACUGAGCUGCAGUGAGGAGCACAAUUACAAUUUGUAGGUCAAUGAAAAUGAAUGCAGCCUCUCCAGAAGAGCAGUUUGCAAAUGCGUCCAGAGUCUAAGAUAAAUUCCCUGCAGGGAUGCAUUUCUGCAGCACCAGAAGCUGAGGCUCGGCGGGAUCAGGCUGAGCUGGUGGGACAGAGCUCCCUCUAGGAGCAGCAUGCGGACCUGCAAGGUGGACAGUGGUGAGC